AUGGCAACAGGUGCCGUAGUUAAGGUUAUAUCACAAUCAGCCAGCACAGGCGGACAUAGCAACAAAAUCACUCGGGUGAUGUUGAAUCCCAAAAACCACCUUCAACUCUAUACAGCUAGUUUAGAUGGCACUAUUAAAUUAUGGGAUUACAAUGAUGAUAUUCUAUUAAAGACAUACCAUGUUGAUUUUCCUAUUGAGCAUAUGGUCAUGUCACCCAAACAUACAAACACGGCUUAUAUUGUUGUCAAAUCUACAGAUGUACAUGACAAUUCAAUUGUAUAUUGCUUUUCAUUCGAAUCUAGCCAUAUGCGCCGUAUUUGCUCAGUCAGAGAAUGUACAACCAUCGAUAUCUCGCAGGACGGUGAAUGGCUUGCAUUUGGUGCACGAUUUAAAGUGUAUGUAUGGCCUAUCAACGAGGAAGAAGAAGAUGUAUCCGAGACACAAUUGACACAACACGUCUUUGUUGAACAGGUUACUGUGCUUAAAUUCCACCCUUUUAAGCCUAUGUUGAGUGUAGGUGAUCGUUCUGGCAAGAUCACCCAUUUGACGAAUUAUCCUUCAGAAAAAGACCUGAUUCGGUCUGUAAUUCACUGGCAUCAUAUGCCUGUGCGUUGUCUUACCUUUAUGGCAGACGGCUCUUAUCUAUUAUCUGGUGGUGAGGAAAGUGUGUUGGUCAUUUGGCAGCUAGAGACAGGAUACAAGCAAUUCUUGCCUCGCUUAGGUGGUGGUAUUGCCUCUAUUGCCAUUACACCCAACCAUCGAUUUUAUUGUGUUGGUUUAGAUGACAAUUCAAUCUGUCUUGUCAACAGUGUCACUCAGAGUAUGGAGCAAGUCAUUCAGGGUCUUCAAUAUGCUCAAGCAGACAAUGCAUUAAACCCUCUCUCUACGGGUCUUAUGAUUGAACCUCGUAAUCACCAUGUCGUAUUGAAUGGCGUUCAAGGCAGUCUUCAGUUUUAUGAUGCUGUUGCUGAUAGUCAUGUCAUGGAUCUAGAAGUAGUCCCUAUGAACCGUAUUGUUCGUUCAGGCGAAAAGGAAAUUAUUCAUGCCCAUGUAGCCCAUGUGGCUUUUUUGCGUACAGGUGAAUGGAUGGCCACAGUUGAUAUGCGUGAUGAUAAGAUCACCACACCUGAACUGUUCCUCAAGUUUUGGCGUUGGGAUCCUGAUACCCAGGCCUAUAAGCUCCAUACGCGUGUGGAUUAUCCUCACACGAAACCCAUUCGUUCCCUUGUGUUUAACCCUGUCUCUCGUCAAGGACCUAUGGCUAUCACGACUUCAGACGACAAGACAUUCAAAGUAUGGAACUUGAGUACAGAUCUGGGUCGUCCCUACCACCACCAACAAGGCGAGGCUGCUGCUGCUUGGAUAUGUCGCUCUGUGGGUGUCUAUCGUGACUGUGCACCUCAUGCUGUCAGUUUCUCUGAAGAUGGUAGUAUCUUGGCCGUUGCAUUUGGUCAAGCCAUCACUAUCUGGGACCCUUAUCUCAACUCAAUUCAAGCUGUACUUGCACAACCUAACCCUGAAGCCAUUGAAAAACUCUGCUUUUUAGGCGACACAUGUCCUUAUUUGAUUGUCAAGUCUAGAUCACACUUGUAUGUCUGGAAUAUGUUGACGUGUCAAGUAUGGUGGAGUUACAAGGUAUCAGUAGACCAUCUUACAGUCGACCCGGUUUCAAAUCAGUUUGCUAUUGUUCGUAACCAUGCUCGGUCAAAUCAAGCACGCAUCACGGUAUUUGAUCCCAAGUCACCUAAGCCUAUCGCCUUGCAACAUGUGGAACAUACAUGUCUUGCUGUUGCCUGGCUUUCAAGAGAUAGUAAUGAACAGCCUUUACCCAGCACACUUUUAUGUCUCAACAACAAAUAUGAAUUCGGCUUAUAUGCAGUCAAAUCACGCGAUACACAAAUAAUGGAAGCAGAACAGACACAGCGAGUGUCUCUAUUGGACAACACACCAGAAACAAGUUUACUUGAUGAUAUGUAUGGUAAACGCGAAUCUGAACGCGAAACGGACGAACAAACGCGUAUUCGACUCAAGACAGUUCAAAGUAUGCGUGAAGAAGCCAUGUCAAUCAAUCCUAAGAAAAGACAUGAAGAAGAACAAGAACAAGGUGGUUUAUCUGCACCAAGUCAUGUCUUGCCUGGUGUGGAUGUCUUGUUCGACACAUUCAUGUCUUCUCUUAUGACACUUCGUAUAGAGAACACAGACAAGACUGCUGUUGAAGAUAUGGAAUUAGAUGCAGAAGCACAAUUAGAACAAGAAAUUUCAUUUAUUCAUCAAGAUAAUAUCACACAAUCUGCUCAACAAGACCUUCCUUUAUUAAACCAAUAUUUUGCUCAAGAAUUAGAACAAAACCCUGUAUCAAGUAAAGCAACUACACAAGAUUCUUCUUCUUCUUCAGAUAAUGAUUCUGAAGAGGAAGAAGACCCUUCCAACAUUGAUUGGUAA